AUGGCUGGGACCAAUUCCAGAAAGAUGCUCAACAUCGCCAGGAUCGUCAAGUCACUGGAUGUGCCAUGGUUGCUGGUGGGAGAUUUCAACGCCACGCCUGCUGAGAUGGCAAAGUCGGGCUGGUUGGACGUGCUUCGGGCUCGCGUCGUGACCCCAGAGGGGGUCGAGGUCUCAUGCACCUCAGGAAAAGGACGCAUGAUUGACUACGCGGUGGUGCCAGACAGCUUUCGUCCCUUCUUGUCCCAGGUGUUGCCAGUGCAGAAUUUGCCGUGGGGCCCUCACAUUGGCCUCAACAUCCGCAUCAGGUCUCGUCCCGCAUCGGUCUUCCUCCGUGUACCAGUGCUUCCAGUACCCUUGGUGCUUCCCGAGGGUGAGUCCAGGAUGCCCAAGGGCCUCAAGAGGUUCCAGAGGGACAGGGAGAAGCAUGCGAAGAUCCAUGAGAUGCGCGACGAGAUGCACGUGUUGCAGCAGGGUGACCUGCUCAACGACGACGACGGCCACCUGCUGGACGACCACUACGUCACCAAGCGGGCCCUGAGGUGCGAGGACCAGGAGUGGAUCCAGUACGUGUACGAGGCCAGCGAGGGUCUCGGUUACUCCUUCCCCCAGGCCGAGCCAGACGUGCAGAGGAGUGAGGCGUGCAGAGCUGCCCCGCAUAUGUCUGAGAUUCUCGCGAGGCAGUAUGGCAUCUGGUCGAUGGCGGCGGAGGCACAGCUGGCAGAUCUUUUAUGGGGUAUGCCAGUGAAGUAUCAGUGGAGACGUGCAGUGGUCCAGAAGAAUGACUCGAAUUUCGGCCACUCCAGUGCCAACGCCCUCAACAGCAGGUGGGCGAGUCUGCAUGCCAGGGUGCAGGAGCAGCUGGUCGCGCUAGGUCGUUUUCGUCAUUCGAGAUAUCGGCAGCGGGUUCAGGACAUCGUGACCAGCAUACUGGCCGAGUUGCGCAGAGAGCACGACAGCUAG